UAUACAUAGAACUAUACGUACUAGGAUACAAUCCUAGUAGUAGAGAGAGCACCUGACCUCAGCUGAGCUACUAUGCUAGUACAAUACCAAAACGUUCUCUACUAAGUACUAGCAGGUAACACCCACGAUGUAUACAUACAAGCCCACUCUUGUCAUGAUGACGGGGACCCAAAAGAGCAAUUCAUGGCAAAGGUGUCGGCUGAAUACAAAUCAUUGUCUGACAAUGCGGAUAACGAGGAUGACGAGGACGUGGAGAACAUAGAUGCCCUCAUUGAAGAGCUUGAGUCCUUAGACGGUCAUAUCGAUCUAGAUGACGCCGGACAAGACGAAGCAAGCACAUCAUGUUGUAUCUCGGAGGAACUGCUUCAGACAGACCCCAGCGCCGGUCUUACUGAGCCCGAGGUUUUCAUGCGUCGGAAAAAGUAUGGCCUCAACCAAAUGAAACAGGAAAAAGAGAACCUCGUCCUCAAAUUCCUUUCGUACUUCAUUGGGCCUGUUCAGUUCGUGAUGGAGGCAGCUGCAAUUUUAGCGGCUGGCCUCCGAGAUUGGGUUGACUUCGGAGUCAUAUGUGCUCUACUGAUACUCAACGCAUCCGUGGGUUUCAUUCAGGAGUUCCAAGCUGGGUCUAUCGUGGAUGAGCUGAAGAAAACCUUGGCUCUCAAAGCUGUUGUGCUGCGUAAUGGUCAUCUUGUUGAAAUCGAUGCUUCAGACGUUGUGCCAGGAGAUAUAUUACAAAUUGAAGAGGGAACGAUCAUUCCUGCAGAUGGCCGGAUAGUAUCUAGUAGCGCCCUUCAAGUGGAUCAGUCCGGAAUUACUGGCGAGUCUCUAGCUGUUGAUAAAGACAAUGGUGACACUUGCUAUUCAUCAUCGGCUGUCAAACAUGGCCAUGCUCGCCUUGUUGUUACAGCUACUGGCGACUAUACCUUCGUAGGGCGAGCUGCUGCACUGGUUAGUGCCGCCGCCUCCGGAACAGGACAUUUCACGGAGGUCUUGAAUGGAAUCAGCAUUGUGCUGCUUAUACUCGUUAUAAUGACCCUACUCGUCGUCUGGGUAUCUUCUUUCUAUCGCUCCAAUGACAUCGUCACAAUCUUGGAGUUUACCUUAGCCAUUACUAUGAUCGGUGUUCCUGUCGGCCUCCCGGCCGUCGUUACAACAACAAUGGCAGUGGGAGCAGCGUAUUUAGCUAAGAAGAAGGCUAUUGUACAAAGGCUUUCCGCAAUUGAGUCUCUUGCCGGUGUUGAGAUACUGUGCUCCGACAAAACCGGUACAUUAACGAGGAAUAAGCUAUCAUUGUCAGAACCUUACACUGUACCCGGUGUCAAUUCGGAGGAUCUUAUGCUAACAGCUUGCCUGGCCGCUUCACGGAAGAAAAAUGGAAUGGAUGCCAUUGACAAAGCUUUUCUCAGAGCCCUCAAGGGUUACCCGGAAGCAAAAAAGGCGCUUCCACAGUAUAAGAAACUGGAGUUCUUUCCAUUCGACCCGGUGUCAAAGAAGGUCACAGCUGUAGUACAGUCUCCCGAAGGAGACCGCAUCAUUUGUAUGAAAGGAGCUCCAAUUUUUGUGCUAAAGACAGUCGAAAGGGACCAUUCAAUUCCAGAAGAUAUCGAGGCUGCUUACAUGAACAAAGUAGCAGACUUCGCAGUGCGUGGCUUUCGCUCACUCGGCGUUGCUCGAAAGCGCGGUGAAGGGGAAUGGGAAAUACUCGGCAUAAUGCCAUGCUCAGACCCUCCUCGGCAUGACACUGCAAAGACCAUACACGAAGCCAAGUCUCUCGGCUUGUCGAUCAAAAUGCUGACAGGCGAUGCAGUCGGGAUUGCCCGAGAGACAUCGCGCCACCUUGGGCUGGGCACAAACGUGUAUAAUGCUGAGCGUCUCGGCCUAGGUGGAAAGGGAACAAUGCCUGGGUCUCAAGUCUAUGACUUCGUUGAGGCUGCCGAUGGGUUUGCCGAGGUCUUUCCUCAGCACAAGUAUAACGUUGUAGAUAUCCUACAGCAACGGGGUUACUUGGUGGCAAUGACUGGGGACGGUGUUAACGACGCUCCAUCUCUGAAGAAAGCCGAUGCUGGAAUUGCAGUUGAAGGCUCCUCAGAUGCAGCCCGUACGGCUGCCGAUAUAGUUUUCCUAGCGCCUGGACUAUCUGCUAUUAUCGAUGCUUUGAAGACCUCCCGUCAGAUCUUUCACCGUAUGCACGCUUAUGUGGUAUAUCGAAUCGCGCUGUCCCUACACCUCGAGAUUUUCUUAGGACUCUGGAUAGCCAUCACGAACGAGAGCUUAAACCUGCAGCUUGUAGUUUUUAUUGCCAUAUUUGCUGACAUUGCGACUUUGGCCAUUGCCUACGAUAAAGCGCCCUAUUCGAAAACACCGGUGAAGUGGAAUUUGCCUAGGUUAUGGGGGAUGUCUGUCCUCCUUGGGAUUGUUCUAGCGAUAGGCACCUGGGUCACGCUGACUACUAUGCUGUCCGGUGGUGAGCAAGGGGGAAUCGUGCAAAACUUUGGGAAACGAGAUGAAGUUCUGUUCCUAGAGAUUUCGCUGACUGAGAAUUGGUUGAUCUUCAUCACACGUGCGGAAGGGCCCUUCUGGUCAUCAAUCCCUUCUUGGCAGCUCAUGGGAGCUAUUCUGGUUGUGGAUCUGUUAGCAACCUUUUUCUGUCUCUUUGGAUGGUUCGUCGGAGGCCAAACCUCUAUAGUUACGGUCGUCCGUACUUGGGUCUUCUCAAUUGGAGUGUUCUGUGUUUUGGGUGGCCUCUAUUACCUGCUACAGGACUCAAAGUGGUUUGACAAUGUCAUGAAUGGGAGGUGGCCAGGAAGCAAAGCGUCCAGACAACGGCAAAAAGAAGACUUCGUGGUUUCAAUGCAGCGAACUUCAACACAGCACGAAAAAAGUUCACUGAAUGGCGCCGAUACUGGCUGUGAGCCUCCCGCUUGAAUAAUGCUCAACUUCUAGGUAUAGAAGCUAUUGUAUCACCCACCGUGCCUUAGCUCUUCUGUCGUUACGUGGCUCUUUAUAAAAAACGUUUCGAAAAUUU